AUGGCGACUCCGCCUCCCGAGGCUCCUCCUGUGCUUAAGGAGGAGAAAACCCAGCUCCCUCCAUCUCCUACGGCGCCUGAUGUUGCGCCUACCAGUGCGACCACCGAUGUCAAGAUGGCCGGUAUGGAUACCCCUAUCGAAAACAACACAGCCGUAGUCAAUGGUAAUGGCCAUGCGCCUGCUGCUUCUACCAACGGAACAGGCAGUGCUGUAUCUCCCCCCAAAUCACCCGCCCCCGUUGUCGACGCAUCAGCUGCUCCCGCGCCAGCCCACGAUACCCCUGCCGAGCCCACCGUGCACGACCAGAAGCGAUCCGAAGCGGCGACCCCAGCUCAGUCGCAAGCUCCCGAAUCCGUGAUUCCCGCUGAGAAAGUUGAGGAGGAUAAGGCUACCCCUAAGGAGCCGGCUCCUACUCCUGUUGGCGCUUCGGCAGGUUCAUUUGAUGGGACAAAUGAUAUUGAAAUGCGACUUGAUGGUCCAUCAGAUGCGCCUGCAGCACAGCCUUUGAAAACAGAACUUCCUCAUCACCCUACUACAGAGUCUGCGACCCCAGCCCUGCCACCCCUUCGGACAGAUUAUGAAAUGAAAGAUGCACCCAUUGCACCCCCUUCCCCAUCCAAAGCCUCCCGCGAACGCUCGGAAGAUCGCGCCGAAGAACCUGCGGCCAAGCGUACCAAGGUGACCAGCGAAAAUGGAACACCCGCCAUCAAGCUUCAGGAAGCGCCCAAACCCGCCGCUGAGAACCCCCGCUCCAGCCAGUCUGGCGUCACUAAGGUGCAACACAAAUUCCUUACGAAGUGCGUCUCGAGCUUGAAGCGCAUGCACGACUCACGCUUCUAUCGCGAACCCGUGGAUCCUGCGAAGCUGAACAUCCCAAACUACACUCAAGUCAUUACCCGACCCAUGGAUUUGAGUACAAUCGAGAGCAAACUGAAGGACAAUUUGUACACUUCCCCACAGGCUUUUGAGGAGGAUUUCGCUUUGAUGGUCAACAACUCUAUGACCUUCAAUGGCCCGGAUCACCUGGUUACCAUGGAGGGUGUCAAGCUGAAGAAAACUCUCGAUAAGCAGAUGCUCAGCCUUCCUAAGGCUGAUGAGGUGGAAGAAAAGAAGCCCAAGAAAUCUUCUGAUAAAACUUCAGCUCCACGACGGGAGCCUCGCACCUCCCUUGGCAGCCAAACCGUCAAGGCAGCCUCACCCCAGAGUGCUCCCACUACUUUUGCGCUGGGUCCUGAGGGCUUGCCUACUAUUCGUCGCGACUCAUUCAACCCCGAUGGUCGCCCAAAGCGCUCUAUCCACCCUCCUAAGCGGGACCUGCCGUAUUCCACCAAACCAAAGAAGAAGAAAUAUCUUUGGGAGUUGCGGUUUUGUCAGGAAGUCUUGGAUGAACUCCACAAGCCCAAGCAUCAACUUAUUGCACUUGCUUUCUACUACCCCGUGGACCCCGUUGCCCUCAACAUUCCAACCUAUCACAACGUGAUUAAAAAGCCGAUGGACUUGAUGACUAUUCAAAGCAAGCUCAAGACUGGCCAGUAUGAGAAUGCCAAGGAGUUCGAAUCAGACAUCCGCUUGAUGUUUAAGAACUGUUGGCGGUUCAACCUCAAGGGAGAUCCGACAUACCUAGCUGGCGAGAGCCUAUCAGAGGUUUUUGAUAAGAAGUGGAGAGAAUUGCCGGCAUUCCUCGAGAAGCAUGACCCUCCCCAUGAGCAGGAAGCUGAUUCGGACGAAGAAGAAAGCGAGGAAGAUGCGGAAGAGAGCGAGAACGAGGAUAACGAGAAACUCAGCUUGCUGCAGAAGCAGAUCGCAGAGAUGUCGCGUCAGGUGGAGAUGAUCACGCAAAGGAAGAAAAAGACACCCCCAGCUAAGAAGGCUAGCAAGCCUAAGUCGGGCAAGAAGGAAGUCAAGAAGAGCGGCAGUACUAGUGGCAAGAAAGACAAGAAGAGCAGCAGCAGUGGUAAGAGCUUCAAGGAUAAGACGCGCUUCGUGUCUUAUCAUGAAAAGCAGAUCAUCUCCAAUGGGAUCAGUAGCCUUCCCGACAAGAAGAUGCAUGAGGCUCUUGGAAUUAUCCAGAGUAACGUUCCUGCUCUCAAGGGUACCCAAGAGGCCGAGAUCGAGCUCGAUAUCGAUGAACUACCGAACCCUGUUUUGCUGUUGCUUCUUGAUUACGUCAAGAAGAACGUUCCAAACAUCAUGGAUGACGAGGAUAAUGCCCCGACUGCUGGGUAUGCGGCCCCUAAGCCGAAAAAGAAUAAGCCGAUGAGCAGCAACGAGCAAGAGGCCCGGAUUAAUACGCUUCAGAGCAAUCUUUCCCGGUUCUCUGAUGGAGGUGCCCCUAUGCCAUCGGUCGAGCAUAACGAGUCCAGCGAGGAUGAGUCGGACGAGGAUUCGGAGGAAAGCGAGGAGGAGUGA